GCCCGGGACCCGCAGCCGCGCCGCUCGCCGGUCGGCGCUGCCGGGAGGCCCGAGCCAUGGAAUCGGAGGAGGAGCAGCACAUGACCACGCUGCUGUGCAUGGGCUUCUCGGACCCCGCCACCAUCCGCAAGGCCCUGCGCCUGGCCAAGAACGACAUCAACGAGGCCGUGGCGCUGCUCACCAACGAGCGGCCGGGCCUCGACUACGGCGGCUACGAGCCCAUGGACAGCGGCGGCGGCCCCGGCCCCGGGCCUGGCGGGGGCCCGCGGGGCGACGUUGGCGGUGACGGCGGCGGCGGCCCCUCCCGCGGCGGGAGCACCGGAGGCGGGGGUGGCUUCGACCCCCCGCCCGCUUACCACGAGGUGGUGGACGCGGAGAAGAAUGAUGAAAACGGAAACUGUUCUGGGGAAGGGAUUGAAUUCCCUACAACAAACUUAUACGAACUGGAAAGCCGUGUUUUAACCGAUCAUUGGUCCAUCCCUUACAAGCGGGAAGAAUCACUAGGCAAAUGCCUCUUGGCUUCCACCUACCUGGCGAGACUUGGUCUUUCUGAGUCUGACGAGAAUUGUAAAAGGUUUAUGGAUAGGUGUAUGCCUGAAGCAUUUAAAAAGCUCCUGACAUCAAGCGCUGUUCACAAGUGGGGUACUGAAAUUCAUGAAGGAAUCUACAACAUGUUGAUGCUAUUAAUAGAACUGGUCGCAGAGAGAAUAAAACAAGAUCCGAUCCCCAUUGGUCUUCUGGGCGUGCUUACAAUGGCUUUCAAUCCUGAUAAUGAAUACCAUUUUAAAAACAGAAUGAAAGUGUCUCAGAGGAAUUGGGCAGAAGUGUUUGGAGAGGGAAAUAUGUUUGCUAUUUCACCUGUAUCUACUUUCCAAAAGGAACCUCAUGGAUGGGUUGUGGAUUUGGUGAAUAAGUUUGGAGAAUUAGGUGGAUUUGCAGCAAUCCAAGCCAAGCUCCAUUCAGAAGACAUAGAACUUGGGGCCGUCUCAGCGCUGGUGCAACCCUUAGGAGUGUGUGCAGAGUACCUGAAUUCCUCAGUGGUGCAGCCCAUGCUAGACCCAGUCAUUCUUACUACCAUCCAGGAUGUGCGGAGCGUGGAAGAGAAGGACCUCAAAGACAAGAGGUUGGUUAGCAUCCCCGAGCUCUUGUCUGCCAUCAAGCUACUCUGCAUGCGCUUCCAGCCGGAUCUGGUGACGGUUGUGGACGACCUUCGACUAGACAUUCUCCUGCGCAUGCUCAAGUCCCCACAUUUUAGUGCUAAGAUGAAUUCCCUCAAAGAAGUAACCAAACUAAUAGAAGAUAGCACUUUAUCCAAGUCUGUGAAGAACGCCAUAGACACAGACAGAUUGUUAGACUGGCUGGUUGAGAACUCAGUUCUGUCAGUAGCACUGGAAGGUAACAUAGACCAAGCGCAAUACUGUGAUCGUAUAAAGGGAAUCAUUGAACUCUUGGGCAGUAAAUUGUCUUUAGAUGAGCUCACUAAAAUUUGGAAGAUACAGUCUGGACAAUCAUCUACAGUGAUUGAGAACAUUCAUACGAUUAUUGCUGCAGCAGCUGUGAAAUUUAAUUCAGAUCAGCUCAAUCAUUUGUUUGUUCUCAUUCAGAAGAGCUGGGAGACUGAGAACGACAGAGUAAGGCAGAAGCUGUUGAGCCUGAUUGGACGAAUAGGACGGGAAGCUCGCUUUGAGACCACUUCCGGAAAGGUCUUAGACGUCCUCUGGGAACUGGCUCAUCUUCCAACGCUGCCCAGCAGCCUCAUCCAGCAAGCCCUGGAGGAGCACCUGACGAUCCUCAGUGAUGCCUACGCCGUGAAGGAGGCUGUCAAGAGGAGCUACAUCAUCAAGUGCAUCGAAGACAUCAAAAGGCCUGGGGAAUGGUCAAGUUUGGAAAAAAACAAGAAGGAUGGAUUCAAGUCAUCCCAGCUUAAUAAUCCCCAGUUUGUCUGGGUAGUGCCAGCUUUGCGUCAGCUCCAUGAGAUCACUCGCUCAUUCAUCAAACAAACCUAUCAAAAGCAAGACAAGAGCAUUAUUCAAGACUUGAAGAAAAAUUUUGAAAUUGUGAAAUUGGUAACAGGAAGUUUGAUAGCUUGUCAUCGACUUGCAGCCGCUGUGGCUGGGCCUGGAGGCCUAACUGGCUUGACCUUGGUGGACGGACGAUACACUUACCGGGAGUACUUAGAGGCACAUUUAAAAUUUCUGGCAUUUUUCUUGCAAGAAGCUACUCUGUAUCUGGGUUGGAAUCGUGCCAAGGAAAUAUGGGAAUGUCUUGUGACUGGCCAGGAUGUUUGUGAAUUAGAUAGAGAGAUGUGUUUUGAAUGGUUUACAAAAGGGCAGCAUGAUCUUGAGAGUGACGUUCAGCAGCAGCUCUUCAAGGAGAAAAUUCUUAAAUUGGAAUCAUAUGAAAUCACUAUGAAUGGUUUUAACUUAUUUAAGACUUUUUUUGAAAAUGUGAAUCUCUGUGAUCAUCGAUUAAAAAGACAAGGAGCUCAGUUGUAUGUAGAAAAGCUGGAAUUGAUAGGCAUGGAUUUCAUCUGGAAAAUAGCCAUGGAAUCACCUGAUGAAGAAAUUGCCAAUGAAGCUAUUCAGUUAAUCAUAAACUAUAGUUACAUUAAUCUAAAUCCUCGGUUGAAGAAGGAUUCAGUGUCUCUGCAUAAGAAAUUCAUUGCUGAUUGCUAUACAAGAUUAGAAGCAGCCAGUUCCGCACUUGGUGGCCCUACUCUAACGCAUGCAGUGACCAGAGCCACAAAAAUGCUCACAGCAACCGCCAUGCCCACUGUAGCAACAUCAGUUCAGUCUCCAUAUAGAUCCACUAAACUUGUGAUAAUUGAGAGAUUGCUGCUCCUGGCAGAGCGCUAUGUGAUCACUAUAGAGGAUUUUUACUCUGUUCCGCGAACUAUUCUACCUCAUGGUGCCUCAUUUCAUGGACAUCUUUUAACUCUUAAUGUUACCUAUGAGUCUACCAAAGAUACCUUCACUGUCGAGGCUCACAGUAAUGAGACCAUAGGGAGCGUCCGGUGGAAGAUAGCCAAGCAGUUGUGCUCUCCUGUGGAUAAUAUACAGAUAUUUACAAAUGAUAGCCUGCUGACAGUGAAUAAAGAUCAAAAGCUCCUCCACCAACUGGGCUUCUCUGAUGAGCAAGUCCUCACAGUAAAGACUUCGGGCAGUGGGACCCCAUCUGGGAGCUCAGCAGAUUCCUCAACCAGCUCCGGCAGCAGCAGCAGUGGAGUUUUUAGUUCUUCAUAUGCCAUGGAGCAGGAGAAAUCCCUCCCUGGUGUCGUGAUGGCUCUCGUGUGCAAUGUGUUUGACAUGCUUUACCAGCUGGCCAAUCUGGAGGAGCCCAGGAUAACUCUACGUGUACGAAAGCUUCUGCUCUUGAUACCCACGGAUCCAGCCAUCCAGGAAGCUCUUGAUCAACUGGAUUCUCUAGGAAGAAAGAAAACACUGCUGUCUGAGUCGAGUUCUCAGUCUUCGAAAUCUCCGUCUCUGUCUUCAAAGCAACAGCACCAGCCCAGCGCCAGUUCAAUUCUAGAAAGUCUGUUUCGAUCCUUUGCUCCAGGAAUGUCCACCUUCAGAGUGCUCUACAACUUAGAAGUUCUCAGCUCCAAACUCAUGCCAACCGCGGAUGAUGACAUGGCAAGAAGCUGUGCCAAAUCCUUCUGUGAGAACUUCCUCAGAGCAGGAGGCUUGAGUUUGGUUGUAAAUGUCAUGCAGAGAGAUUCCAUCCCAUCGGAAGUAGACUACGAAACAAGGCAGGGUGUUUAUUCUAUCUGCCUACAACUCGCAAGGUUUUUACUUGUUGGACAAACAAUGCCCACGUUAUUAGAUGAAGACCUCACCAAAGAUGGAAUUGAAGCACUUUCUUCUCGCCCGUUCCGAAAUGUUAGCCGGCAAACAAGCAGACAGAUGUCCUUAUGUGGGACCCCAGAAAAGUCGUCCUACCGGCAGUUGUCAGUGUCUGACAGGUCUUCCAUCAGGGUUGAGGAAAUCAUCCCUGCUGCUCGAGUUGCAAUACAAACCAUGGAGGUGAGUGAUUUCACUUCCACCGUGGCUUGUUUCAUGAGACUGUCAUGGGCAGCGGCUGCAGGACGACUUGACCUCGUUGGGAGUAGCCAGCCAAUUAAAGAAAGUAAUUCCCUGUUUCCUGCUGGAAUUCGAAACAGGCUCAGCAGUUCAGGGAGCAACUGCAGCUCUGGGAGUGAAGGCGAGCCAGUGGCCCUGCACGCGGGCAUCUGCGUCCGACAGCAGUCCGUGUCCACCAAAGACUCCCUAAUUGCGGGAGAGGCUUUGUCUCUCCUUGUUACAUGCCUGCAGCUUCGGAGCCAGCAGCUGGCAUCUUUCUAUAACUUGCCCUGUGUUGCUGAUUUUAUCAUUGAUAUUCUGCUGGGAUCACCAAGUGCUGAGAUUCGCCGGGUUGCCUGUGAUCAGCUGUACACUCUCAGUCAGACGGACACGUCAGCACAUCCAGAAGUGCAGAAGCCAAACCAGUUUCUCCUCGGCGUCAUUCUCACGGCGCAGCUGCCUCUCUGGUCCCCAACGAGUAUCAUGAGAGGAGUCAACCAGAGACUAUUAUCUCAGUGUAUGGAGUAUUUUGAUUUGAGGUGCCAAUUAUUAGAUGAUCUGACAACUUCAGAAAUGGAGCAGUUAAGAAUCAGCCCUGCUACCAUGCUUGAGGAUGAGAUUACUUGGUUAGAUAACUUCGAACCUAAUCGCACAGCCGAGUGUGAGACCAGCGAAGCAGACAACAUCUUACUGGCAGGACAUUUGCGGCUCAUUAAGACCCUCCUUUCACUCUGUGGGGCAGAAAAGGAAAUGCUGGGUUCAUCACUCAUUAAACCAUUGUUAGAUGACUUCCUUUUCCGAGCUUCUAGAAUUAUUUUAAAUAGUCAUUCUCCAGCUGGCAGUGCCGCCAUCAGUCAACAGGACUUUCAUCCAAAGUGUAGUACAGUGAAUAGCCGAUUGGCAGCCUACGAAGUCCUUGUAAUGUUGGCUGAUAGUUCACCUUCAAAUCUUCAAAUUAUUAUAAAAGAGUUACUUUCUAUGCAUCAUCAGCCUGAUCCUGCUCUCACCAAGGAGUUUGAUUACCUCCCCCCAGUGGACAGCAGGUCCAGUUCGGGGUUUGUGGGGCUGAGGAACGGUGGUGCCACGUGCUACAUGAACGCGGUCUUCCAGCAGCUGUACAUGCAGCCCGGGCUCCCUGAGGCAUUGCUUUCCGUAGAUGACGACACGGAUAACCCAGACGAUAGCGUGUUUUACCAAGUGCAGUCUCUCUUUGGGCAUUUGAUGGAGAGCAAGCUGCAGUAUUAUGUGCCUGAGAACUUUUGGAAGAUUUUCAAGAUGUGGAACAAAGAGCUUUAUGUGAGAGAGCAGCAGGAUGCAUAUGAAUUCUUCACAAGCCUCAUCGAUCAGAUGGAUGAGUAUCUCAAGAAAAUGGGAAGAGACCAAAUUUUUAAGAAUACUUUUCAGGGCAUUUAUUCUGACCAGAAGAUCUGUAAAGACUGUCCUCACAGGUAUGAACGUGAGGAAGCUUUCAUGGCUCUCAAUCUAGGAGUUACUUCUUGUCAGAGUUUGGAAAUUUCUCUGGACCAGUUUGUUAGAGGAGAAGUUCUGGAGGGAAGUAAUGCAUACUACUGUGAAAAGUGUAAAGAAAAGAGAAUAACGGUGAAAAGAACCUGUAUUAAGUCUUUACCUAGUGUCCUGGUAAUUCACCUAAUGAGAUUCGGAUUUGACUGGGAGAGUGGACGCUCCAUUAAAUAUGAUGAACAAAUAAGGUUUCCUUGGAUGCUGAACAUGGAGCCUUAUACAAUGUCAGGAAUGGCUCGCCUGGAUUCAUCUUCUGAAGUUGGUGAAAAUGGGCGAAGUAUGGAUCAGGGAGGUGGAGGAUCCCCACGAAAAAAAGUCGCCCUCACAGAAAAUUAUGAACUUGUCGGUGUCAUUGUGCACAGUGGGCAGGCGCACGCGGGCCACUACUAUUCCUUCAUCAAGGACAGGCGGGGGUGCGGAAAAGGAAAGUGGUAUAAAUUUAAUGACACGAUUAUAGAAGAAUUUGACUUAAAUGAUGAGACCCUGGAGUAUGAAUGCUUUGGAGGAGAAUACAGACCAAAAGUGUAUGAUCAAACAAACCCGUACACUGAUGUUCGCCGAAGAUACUGGAAUGCUUAUAUGCUCUUCUACCAAAGGGUGUCUGAUCAGAACUCCCCGGUAUUACCAAAGAAAAGUCGGGUCAGUGUCGUACGGCAGGAAGCUGAGGAUCUCUCCCUGUCAGCUCCAUCUUCACCAGAAAUCUCACCUCAGUCCUCUCCUCGGCCUCAUAGGCCUAACAAUGAUCGGCUGUCUAUUCUAACCAAGCUGGUUAAAAAAGGUGAGAAGAAAGGACUGUUUGUGGAGAAAAUGCCUGCUCGAAUAUACCAGAUGGUGAGAGACGAGAACCUCAAGUUUAUGAAGAACAGAGAUGUGUACAGUAGCGAUUACUUCAGCUUUGUUUUGUCUUUAGCAUCGUUGAAUGCCACUAAGUUAAAGCAUCCAUAUUAUCCCUGCAUGGCAAAGGUGAGCUUACAGCUUGCUAUUCAGUUCCUUUUUCAAACUUAUCUACGGACAAAGAAAAAACUCAGGGCUGACACUGAAGAAUGGAUUGCUACUAUUGAAGCAUUACUUUCAAAAAGUUUUGAUGCUUGUCAGUGGCUGGUUGAAUAUUUUAUUAGUUCCGAAGGACGAGAAUUGAUAAAGAUCUUCUUGUUGGAGUGCAGCGUGAGAGAAGUGCGAGUUGCUGUGGCCACCAUUCUGGAGAAAACCCUGGACAGUGCCUUGUUCUACCAGGAUAAGUUAAAAAGCCUUCAUCAGUUACUGGAGGUACUACUGGCUUUGUUGGAUAAAGAUGUCCCAGAAAAUUGUAAAAACUGUGCUCAGUACUUUUUCCUGUUCAACACUUUUGUACAAAAGCAAGGUAUCAGGGCUGGGGACCUUCUCCUGAGGCACUCAGCUCUGCGGCACAUGAUCAGCUUUCUCCUGGGGGCCAGUCGGCAGAACAACCAGAUACGUCGAUGGAGUUCAGCGCAAGCACGAGAAUUUGGGAAUCUCCACAAUACAGUGGCAUUACUUGUUUUGCAUUCAGAUGUCUCUUCCCAAAGGAACGUUGCUCCUGGCAUGUUUAAACAACGACCACCUGUUAGCAUUGCUCCCUCCAGCCCUCUGCUGCCCCUGCACGAGGAAGUGGAAGCCUUAUUGUUUUUGUCAGAGGGGAAACCUUACCUGUUAGAGGUGAUGUUUGCUCUGCGGGAGCUGACCGGCUCCCUCCUGGCACUCAUGGAGAUGGUGGUGUACUGCUGCUUCUGCAAUGAGCACUUCUCCUUCACCAUGCUGCAUUUUAUUAAGAACCAACUAGAAACAGCUCCACCCCAUGAGUUAAAGAAUACGUUCCAACUCCUUCAUGAGAUACUGGUCAUUGAAGAUCCCAUCCAAGUAGAGCGAAUCAAAUUUGUGUUUGAGACAGAAAAUGGAUUACUAGCUUUGAUGCACCACAGCAAUCAUGUGGACAGCAGUCGCUGCUACCAGUGUGUCAAAUUUCUUGUAACUCUUGCUCAAAAGUGCCCUGCUGCUAAAGAAUAUUUCAAGGAAAAUUCCCAUCACUGGAGCUGGGCUGUACAGUGGCUACAGAAGAAGAUGUCAGAGCAUUAUUGGACACCACAGAGUAAUGUCUCUAAUGAAACAUCAACUGGAAAAACCUUUCAGCGAACCAUUUCAGCUCAGGACACAUUAGCAUACGCUACCGCUUUGCUGAAUGAAAAGGAGCAAUCAGGGAGCAGCAACGGGUCAGAGAGCAGCCCCGCCAAUGAGAACGGAGAGAGGCAUUUACAGCAGGGUUCAGAGUCUCCCAUGAUGAUUGGUGAUUUAAGAAGUGACCUUGACGAUGUUGAUCCUUAGAGAAACACACUCAGCCCCUGACAAGGAGUCAGGCCACGUUACUGGAUGCUCAGCACCUCUUGAAACCAGAAUCUCAUCCUUGGACCCUUUGGAAGAGCCGGGAGAUUAGACUGGAAGAGCUGCCAUGACUCGGGAGGACCGUGUGUUUUUCAGGGAACAUGUUCUGUGGGCUCUGGCAGGCUGGGAACUUCCUGGGAGCACAAUCCCUGUGUGGAGUCACAUUUUUGCGAAGAUUUUAGGAAAUAAAGCCGGUGGCAGACUUUUUUGUUAUAUGAACAUGCAAGAGUGAGCGUAAAGCUGUUGCUUUCUCUAUGCUUCUACAAAAAAAAAAAUCCUUUGGUUUUUAUAUUUUAAGGGAAAAAGUAAGCUGCCUUUAGUUACGUGGGGGCAAAUUUUUAAUCUUGCAAUAGCAUUGAGUAGGAAUAUCCAAUUUAAAAUGAUGUAAAGAUGUGUGAUAAAAUUCCUUUUUGUUGUAAAAUAAUAGUUAAUUUAGUUUACACAGACCUUUGUAUUUAAUAUGUCUCCCUAUUUGUUUAGAACAGAUGGGUCUGAACAAGAGCCCUGGGCAUAGGCUUGGAUCUUGAUGAGAUAUUUCUGGGGUCAAAAAUUGGGAAAUUACUAAGCUCUUAAAAGUAUUUUUCUGAUAUAGUUGAAAAGUGAAAAGAGCAAAAAAAAAAAAAAAAAAAAGAAAGAAAUUUUAAAAUGCCAUGUUCUCCAAAAGUAUAAGGACAUUCUUUGACAUCAAUCACUAAAGAAGUUAGAAAUUGUUCUCAAAACAAAUUUUAAAGAUAGCACUUAGAGAUAUAAUUUUAUUGAGUUUGGCUUCAUAGAAUUAUCUAUUUAAUGAAUGCUUGGAGACAUAUUGAAUAAAUUGUCUUAAAUCAUGUGAUCUGCAAUCAUUUGCUUUUGCUUAAAACACAAUUACUGAAUCCCCUUGGUAUUGGUUGUAUGUAUAGUUAAAUAUUUGAGUUGGGAAGACACUGCUUGUGAGUUUUCUAGCGAUUUUAAUGCAGAGAAGGAAUUUGAGACUGUUUUUUUCUCCUCAACAUGACUAACACUGAAAAGACAGGCAAGGGUUAAGAUUUAAUUUCCCCAAAAUAACUAAGAAAGCAGUUGACCAACUAUCCAUCUCGUUGUGUUUGCCAAGUUCAUCACCACCCACUCAUUUCAGGUUCCCUUUUCUGGGUGGGGGGAGGGGCUUACACCAACAUAUUUCACAUGUUUUGUACAUUUUGUUUUUUGAAUUGCUCACACAUUUUCAGCCCUGUUUUGCCUUCAGUUACAUGUUCUGCCUUAUUAUCAUCUCACCUUGCACAGAACUAGGGAGCCUUAGGAAGUGCCAGGUUGCCCCUGUCACACUUGCCAAGUCCAAGAGGCCGGUAGCCCCGAAGUGCCUUCCUGGCUGCUUUGGCAUUUCGUGUGGGCACGUGGCCAGGCAGACAGCCCUCAUUGCUGUCCCCCGUCAGUUGCCCGGUUUCUCACUCUCCGGCAGCGGGAGUUUCUGUGCGGUCAGGCUGGUGAUGAGAAGACAGAAAGGCCGGCACAUAAGAGCAAAGCUCUGCCCUUGGAGAGACGGACAGCAGCAAGAGGCAGCGGUGGUGCCAGUGUUCCUGGAGUUCGGGAUGUGAUGCUGUAAUGUUGAUUUUGUGUACGCAAAUACUCCGUAACCUCUCCAUUCCCAUCCUUUCCCAGAGAUGGUGUGGGACAUGACCUUGAAAUGCCGGCGAUGAUCCGUGCUGGACGUCAUCGCUGGCAACUGCACUCUCAGGAGCCCAAAUUCAGGAGUGAAAUUGCCACUUCUAGUCCCUUAUUUCCUAUGGAAACGACGCCUUCCACACCCCCAGCACCUGCUGUCCUCACCCAAGUUUCAUCAGGAUCGCCUGUCUCCAGUGUGUCCCCGAGGCUUUGGUUCCUUUGCUUCUCUUGUUGCUACAGUGCACGUCAUUCUCACUUUGCUGGUAACCACUUGAUUUCCAACAGCUGCAGUCAACAAACCUGCUGAUAACUUUUUUUAAUGUAGUACAACAAGUGACAAUUAUGACAGGCUUAUCUUGGAGGAGUUGUCAUUUUUACUGCCAAUUUUUUGGAUGAAGAUGUUUUUAUAAAUCUUUCAAAAUGGUCUGCGAACAGAGCAGGAAUUGCACAAUUAACUCAACGCUGUGUGUUGAAGCUCCCUUCGUGAAGGCCAAUCUUAGGAUGGCCAGUUCUGCCCAUUCAAGGCAUCCUGGGAAAGAAAACAAAUGCGCAUCCCAGCAGGCACAUUGCCAUGACUUCUGGAGUACCCCAGUCGCUGACAAAGAUGACAUUUUAGGACCUAGAGCACCGCGUUCUCAGACUUAACCCUGUCUCCCCCACUCUCCCUGCUAACAUUGAGGUGUGUGCAGUUACCUUUUGAGCUUGGAACAAGCAGACUGGAAUUUUCCUCUGCUACCUCUUGUGUACAGAAUCUUGUUUAUAAAUUUCAAAAGGCAGUAGGUAAACUAGAGAAGACUCUUAAUUCUAAAUUCAGUUCAUGCGUGGCAGAGUUCUUAGCUUCUAAAAGUAUAAAAUAAAUUUUUCAAAAAUGGA